CGACGGCCUGCAGCAGUGCCUCAGCCCCGCCUUCACCCCGUGGCGCUGCGCCGGGGGCGGGGGCUGCGGUCGGCUGCGCCGAUUGGUGGAGCCGAAUGAGCGACAGGGGGAGGAGCCAACAGAGCGCCGCGGGGCGGAGCUUUGUGCCGCCAGCUGCCAGGGGGCGGGGCAUUGCGCCGCCUGUCUGCGGAUGCCAGGCUGCGGUUGGUGUGCUCCGCCCGGGGGGCGGGGCCAAAGAGGGCGGUGCUUGGAGGGCGGGCCGGCCGGACCUGCAGGAGGGCUGAGCUGCGGCCGGGGGGCAGAAUGGAAAUUCCUGCGCUGCCCCCAGGAGGGGGGGGGGACGUGUGGGGCUGGAGCCAGCUCUCUCUGCCCUGGACGCUGUGACAGCAAUGGACGCUGCAGGCGCUGUGCUGACAACACUCAGGGCCCGCGCUGUUCCCGCUGCCGCCCGCUGUUUGUGGGGCCGCUCCGUGGCGCCCCCCCGCGGUGCCGCCCGUGCCGCAGCUUCUGCAUGGGGCGCAGCGACGUCUGUGUGGGGCGGGCCGAGCUGCUGCGAGCACAGAGGGAGCCCCACAGCUUCCCGCUCAGCCCCACGGCGGUUCAGCGCUGGCUGCGCUUCGGCCCCACAGAAUCGGACGCCGUCUGCGUUGGCUGCACUGAGGGCUCCGUGGGGCGGCGCUGCCAGAGCUGCAGGGACGGCUUCUUCCUGCUGCACGGCAACUGUGUGCGCUGCCAAUGCAACGGCCACGCUGCCACCUGCGGUGCCGACGGCUCGGGCUGCCAGUGCCAGAACAACACCGAGAGCGCGGCCUGCGGCACCGAGCGGAGGGACUGCUACCAGCACCAGUGCUCCAAGUGCCCCCAUUCCUUCCAGCCGCCCCCCAUCCUGUAA